GCCAUUAAUAUUUCGUUUUCUGUCACUUUCAUUCAUUUGCAUGAAGGAUUUAUAAACAGGGAAUGGUCGACUUGGUGUGUAUGAGUAGGCAUAAACUUACCUCACAUGAUUAAGACGUGCGGCUACAAAUUAUAAAUUCAUAACGCCCCCCCUUUGAAAACAAAUGCCAUAAAGUUUGUAACUUUUGGUUAUUGCUGACUUUCUGGCUUCUGGGUUUUCUCCCUGUGGUCGGUUGAACUAACAGUGGCACUGUCAUCAUUUCAUUUGGGUUGAAGAACUACUGGUUGCGUUGUUUUUUCCUUGUGUUUCAGCUCGUUUUCUCUCCCUUGUGUCUCUUUCUGUGCUGAGAAUUGUUGUGGUAGACAAGGGAGUAGCUUAUUCUUUCUAAGUUGGCUUAUGCAUAUGGCUUCUCUUGGUGAUAUAGGACUUGCAGCAGCAAUAAACAUCCUUAGUGCAUUUGCUUUCUUACUGGCUUUUGCGAUACUUCGAAUUCAGCCUAUAAAUGAUAGGGUGUAUUUUCCAAAAUGGUAUUUGAAGGGUUUAAGGAGCAGUCCAUUGCAAGCAGGGGUAUUUGUGAGCAAGUUUGUCAAUUUGGACUUCAAGUCAUAUAUAAAGUUCUUGAGCUGGAUGCCUGCAGCAUUGCAGAUGCCAGAACCUGAACUAAUUGACCAUGCUGGCUUGGACUCUGCUGUUUACUUAAGGAUCUACUUACUUGGGCUGAAAAUAUUUUUCCCAAUUGCAAUCCUAGCAUUUUCUGUUAUGGUUCCUGUCAAUUGGACAAAUAGCACCUUGGAGCGUUCCAAUUUGACUUAUAGUAGCAUUGAUAAGCUUUCUAUUUCAAAUAUUCCAACGGGAUCAAAUAGAUUCUGGACUCAUUUGGUAAUGGCUUACGCUUUUACCUUCUGGACAUGCUAUAUCUUGAAAAGGGAGUAUCAGAUAGUUGCAACAAUGAGAUUGCAUUUUCUUGCAUCAGAACGACGCCGCCCUGACCAAUUUACGGUACUUGUUAGGAAUGUGCCACCAGAUCCUGAUGAAUCAGUCGAUGAGCUAGUGGAACAUUUCUUUUUGGUCAACCAUCCAGAUCACUAUCUCACUCAUCAGGUUGUUUACAAUGCAAAGAAUCUUUCUAGUCUAGUUUCUAAGAAGAAGAAAAGGCAGAAUUGGCUUGACUACUAUGAACUUAAAUAUUCUAGAAAUCAAUCCACAAGGCCAACUAAAAAGACUGGUUUUCUAGGUCUUUGGGGUAGUAGUGUUGAUGCAAUUGAUUUUUAUACUGAUGAAAUCAAGAGACUAUCAGAAGAAAUAGAAUUGGAGGAACAAAAGGUGAUGAAGAAUUCUAAAUAUAUAAUGCCAGCUGCUUUUGUUUCCUUCCGAACUCGUUGGGGUGCAGCUGUUUGUGCACAAACUCAACAAUCUAGGAAUCCAACCAUAUGGUUGACUGAGUGGGCACCAGAACCUCGUGAUGUGUAUUGGGAUAAUAUGGCAAUACCAUAUGUUUCACUCACAAUAAGAAGGCUUAUAAUUGCUGUAGCUUUCUUCUUUCUGACAUUCUUUUUCAUGAUUCCCAUAGCAUUUGUACAAUCACUAGCUAACAUUGAAGGCAUUGAGAAAGCAGCACCGUUCCUGAAAUCUUUUAUUGAAAUGAGCUUCAUAAAAUCCUUUAUACAAGGUUUCCUUCCUGGGAUUGCUUUGAAGAUAUUUCUCAUAUUUCUGCCAACAAUAUUGAUGAUAAUGUCCAAGUUUGAAGGGUUUAUAAGCGUGUCUGCUCUAGAAAGGAGAGCAGCCACAAGAUAUUACAUCUUCCAGUUCAUUAAUGUAUUUCUUGGAAGCAUAAUUACUGGGACUGCAUUCCAACAGCUAGAUAAAUUUAUCCAUCAAUCAGCAAAUGAAAUUCCAAAAACAAUUGGUGUCUCAAUUCCAAUGAAGGCAACUUUCUUCAUAACUUACAUAAUGGUGGAUGGGUGGGCUGGAUGUGCUGGUGAGAUUUUAAGGUUGAAGCCAUUGAUAUUUUAUCACUUGAAAAAUUUCUUCUUAGUGAAGACCGAAAAGGAUCGGGAAGAAGCAAUGGAUCCAGGGACUUUUGGUUUCAACACAGGGGAACCUCAAAUACAACUUUAUUUCUUACUUGGCCUUGUGUAUGCUGUGGUCACACCAUUUCUACUUCCAUUCAUCCUAGUGUUCUUUGCCUUGGCAUAUGUCGUCUACCGUCAUCAGAUAAUAAAUGUCUACAACCAAGAGUAUGAGAGUGCAGCUGCAUUCUGGCCUGAUGUCCAUGGACGGAUUAUAUUUGCGUUAGUGAUCUCACAGCUGUUGUUAAUGGGAUUAUUGAGUACAAAAGAAGCUGCUAACUCAACUCCAUUGCUCAUCACUCUCCCAGUUUUGACAAUAUGGUUCCAUCUGUAUUGCAAGGGACGAUAUGAACCUGCUUUUGUUAAGCAUCCAUUGCAGGAAGCAAUGAUGAAGGACACGUUGGAGCGUGCAAGGGAGCCAAAGUACAAUUUGAAAGAGUUCCUUCAGAAUGCAUAUAUCCAUCCAGUGUUCAAGGGUGAUGAAGACAGUGACAGUGAAGUAAUGAGUGAAAAGUGGGAGGAGCAAGAGCCUGUACUUGUACAAACAAAACGCCAGUCCCGGAAAAACACACCAUUGCCCAGCAAACAUAGCGGUUCAUUAUCAUCCUGAGUGGCACUUGUCAUGAGCAUUAAUGGCCACCAGAGUUGGAUUUUUGAGGUAAAUAACCAAGUAAGUGAUCAAUGAUCAUAAUACUAGAGUUAGGUAGUUUGAAGUUCACAAUUGGUGGCAUUGCUGUAUGAUAUUCCAACUCUACUUUUUUCCUGUAUAUAAAUCAAAAGCAAGAGAAUUUUGCAAUGAAGUA